CUUAGCUUUUCUUCUCCCAAAUUAGGGUUUCGGAAAAGGAAAAGAGUAAAUAACAGAGCAUAGCAAUCAACUAAGGUUUCUCUUUCUUUAGACCCUCUCUACAGCGACACAGGAGCUUCGCAAUGGCGAGAAUCAAGGUGUACGAGCUCAGGAACAAAACGAAAGCAGAGCUUCUGAACCAAUUGAAGGAUCUCAAAGCAGAACUUGCUCUCCUUCGCGUCGCUAAGGUCACUGGCGGAGCCCCUAACAAGCUUUCCAAAAUGUGCUCUCUCUCUCUCUCUCUCUAUAAUUUGAGAUUAAAUCCAAAAGUGGUUCGGCUUUCGAUAGCGCAGGUGCUGACGGUGAUUUCCCAGAAGCAAAAAGCAGCGUUGAGGGAGGCUUAUAAGAAGAAGAAGUACCUUCCUUUGGAUCUGCGUCCAAAGAAGACCAGAGCUAUCAGAAGGCGCCUCACCAAGCACCAGGCAUCCUUGAAGACAGAGCGUGAGAAGAAGAGGGAAUUGUACUUUCCAGUGAGAAAAUAUGCAGUUAAGGUGUAAUGUUGGAUCCAAGUACGGUUGAUAAUUUUGGUGUCACUUUCUAUUUGUUAUUGGACAUAAUUUAUUUUUUCUGGCUUA